UCGGACGCGGGGACAGUCUGCUGGUCUGCCUACACUGCGCUGCUCGCCUCGCGCGCCCCCACCUUUCUCUUCUUCUCGUCCAAGAUGGCGGCCGCCUCGCGGACAGAGCUCGUAGCCCGAGCCUGCGCUUCGAUUAGCGAUGAAUGGUGACGCCCGGACCGCCCCGCCGGUCCGCGCCGCCACGGCCUCGGCCGUAAAGAGGCCCUUCGUUGUUGAUGGCGGCUGCAGCGACGAGGAAGAACGCCAGCCCUCGUCGGCGAGCGGCAGCGGCGGCCCGGCCGCCAACAAGCGUCGCGCGGCCGCAACGAUCGAGGUGAGCCGCUUCUGGAACGAGCCGAUCGGCGCCUCGACGCCUCGACUCAGCCGUCGCUUCUACGGCGUCGACUGCCAGCUGCUAGCGAGGCGCCUCCUGGGCAAGAUCCUCGUGCGGCGACUGGCCGAUGGCACGGUGCUCAAGUGCCGCGUUGUCGAGACCGAGUGCUACUUGGGCUGCGAUGACCAGGCUUCGCAUUCGUUCAACGGCCGGCGCACCGAGCGCAACGAGCCCAUGUUCAUGGACCCAGGCACGGCGUACGUGUACAUCGCGUACGGCAUGUACCACUGCUUCAACAUCUCGAGCGAGGGCGACGGCGCCGCGGUGUUGCUGCGCAGCGCCGUUCCCCUUCAAGGCGUCGACCUGAUGCGGCGCCUGCGCGGCGCUCGCCGCAAGGACGCCGGCCGCAAGCUCAAGCUGUUCGAGCUCUGCAAUGGGCCCUCCAAGCUGUGCCUCGCCAUGAACAUCACCAAGGAGACGCUCAACAAGGAGUUCCUGCCCGACAGCCAGGCGCUGUGGCUGGAGCGAGACAGCGAGGGCGACGUGCCGGCCGAGGAGAUCGUCGUCUCGCGCCGUGUGGGCAUCGAGGGAGCGGGUCGCGAGUCGGCGGCCAAGCCGCUGCGCUUCUACCUGAGAGACUGCGACUGCGUCAGUGUCAGGGACAGGGUCGCCGAGACCCGGUCCACUGCACAGCAGGUCGUCGCGGCGGCGCUACAGCUGCCCGUCCCCUAGCUGGCGCACAUUUAGGAAUGUUUUUUUCACUACGGACUCACGGCGACAAAAAAAUGUGUGGCCGGCGCGAGCAGUGAUCACCCCCUUACCGCCACGCCCCAAUUCACUUCGCCCCACCUAGACGCUGAUACUUUGACGUGAGUUUAUGUAUGUACUGGGUCGUUGAUCGACUGGGCACCGAAGAGUUCGACGUCGCCGAGAUCGACCGCCGAGUGAACAGAUUGACCCCUCUUCCGACCUCCGUUCAGAGGACCACGCUUCAAGCGCUGCUUUACCCGGUUACGUUCACUUUUAGUGAAGUUUGUUACGAUUCCCACGCCAACUGGUGCAUCUGUAUGCUCGUGGAGCACAGCUCGAAAACACACCACCAGUACCUCUACCUCCCUUUUAACCAAACGCCAAGGCAUGCGGGGAUUUUUCUCCAUUUUGUUACACAUAGGCUACGUCCCACAACCCCUCCCCCACAACCGCCCCUGCAAGAGUGGACCUUGUUUUGUUUUUUUUCUUUUUUUCUUGUUUGGUUUUUAUUUUAUUUUUGGCGCCUUGUUGUUUCUUUUACAGACAUGUUGUGUUUGUUGACAUUCGAGAUUUGCGCGUGACCCGUCAUCGACCGAAGACGCUGGUGUCGCGCGCAUACGCUCGUAUUAUAAAAUAAAGUGACUUUGCAUUGUCGCCGUUUUGCUGAA